AGUGCGCAGGCGCGCGCUGCGACGCCAACCUUGGCUCGGCUCAGCUAACUGGAUCGAGGCUGGACGUCGCGUGACCCGCCCGGCGGGAGUGGGGGCGGACGGCGCCUUCCUGGCCCUUUCUGCCUCUAGCAGCGGCGCUGGGGUGGCCGGAGCCAGCGACUGGGAAACAGCUGCAUCCCGGCUGCCCCUCCUUGGCCUGGCUGGGCAGUCAGAGGCUGGGCUGCCAAGAUUACUGUUUUUGGGGACCGCUGCAGCCCACGUCCACCUAAUAGACUCUUUACUACACGUAGUAGGAUCAAAGCCGCUAAAUGUCCAAGACCAUGGCGAUGAACCUUCUGGAGGAUUGGUGCAGGGGAAUGGAAGUGGACAUCCACAGGUCCUUAUUGGUCACAGGCAUCCCAGAGGACUGUGGCCAAGCAGAAAUUGAGGAGACCUUGAAUGGGGUCCUCUCCCCACUAGGCCCAUACCGCGUGCUCAACAAGAUAUUUGUGAGGGAAGAGAAUGUUAAAGCUGCCCUCAUUGAGGUUGGUGAAGGUGUGAAUCUGAGCACCAUCCCCCGUGAAUUCCCAGGAAGGGGUGGUGUCUGGAGAGUGGUCUGUAGAGACCCUACCCAGGAUGCUGAGUUUUUAAAAAACCUGAAUGAAUUCCUGGAUGCCGAGGGGCGCACCUGGGAGGAUGUGGUCCGCCUGCUGCAGCUCAACCACCCCACACUGUCCCAGAACCAGCAUCAGCCGCCAGAGAACUGGGCAGAAGCUUUGGGGGUGCUUCUGGGAGCAGUGGUACAGAUCAUCUUCUGCAUGGAUGCCGAGAUCCGCAGCCGGGAGGAAGCCAGGGCCCACGAGGCCGCUGAGUUCGAGGAGAUGGCAGCCUGGGCUUUAGCAGCAGGGAGGAAGGUCAAGAAAGAACCGGGGCUUGCAGCAGAGGUGGGUUCUGCCUUAAAGACGGAGAACCCCAGCAACUGGAAUGCCACGGAAGACCAGCAUGACCCUCCCAAACCUUUGGUUCGCAAGGCUGGAGCUAAGACUCGCUCCAGGAGAAAGAAGCAGAAGAAGAACCCCAAGCAGGAAGCAGUGCCCUGGAAAAAACCCAAAGGCAUUGAUUCCAACAGCACAGCCAACUUGGAGGAUCCUGAGGCGGGUGAUGCUGAAAGCAUGGCAAUCUCGGAGCCCAUCAAGGGCAGCAGAAAGCCCUGUGUGAAGCAGGAGGAGUUGGCUUUGAAGAAGCCCAUGGUGAAAUGUGCCUGGAAGGGUCCCAGAGAGCCACCUCAGGAUGCCCGGGCAGAAGCCGAGAGCGCAGGAGGCGCCUCUGAGUCAGACCAAGAUGGUGGCCAUGAAAGCCCACCAAAGAAGAAGGCCAUGGCCUGGGUCUCCGCCAAGAACCCCAUGAGGAAGAAGAAGAAGGUGAGCCUGGGCCCUGUCUCUUACGUCUUGGUCGACUCAGAAGAUGGCAGGAAGAAGCCGGUGAUGCCAAAGAAAGGGCCGGGCUCAAGAAGGGAGGCAUCAGUUCAGAAGGCCCCUCGAGGCCAGCAGCCUGCCGAGGCAACAGCCUCAACUUCUAGAGAUCUGAAGGCUAAGCCAGAAGGCUCUCCUCGGUGUGCCACCAAUGAAUCCAGAAAGGUUUGAUCUGGGGGACCACCCGUACUGAGGAGUUGAAGGAACAAGGAAGAAGUUCCAAGUCAACCAAGUUUUCUCUUGUCACUGAAUAAAAUAAGACUUUGGACUCUCUUAGGGACCCUGUUGAUAGAGAUCUGGCUCUGAGGUAAACAAUAGGUGAGGUCUUGGGUGGGAGGGAGUUGGGGAAGGGAGGUGGACCUCUAUGCCCUUUUAUCUACCAGGCCUGCCAUUUCACCACCUCCUCUACUCACCUUCCCUUCGGAGUCAGGAGAGUUGGUAAGAGGAUUGGGAAGGUUCUAGAACAUUCAUUCCCCUUUAUGCAUGAGCAGGGUCACUGUUACACUCAUCCAUGUUCAGCCUUUCUCCCCCACGCCUCGCUCCCUCCUCGGAAUGGUCAGCGACCUCUGCAGGCCCUGGCGUUUGGAAGAGCUGGGUGGCCCCGCCGUGUUCUCCCUCCUGCCUUUCUCUCAUGUAACCAGCGGGGUAAGUUAAGCCAGGACCUUCACUGCAAACCUGGCUUCAUUGCCCCUUCAGUCUCCAGCUUCCAUCCUCCAGUUAUCUAGCCAGGAGGUCCCAAGAGUUAGUUUUAGGGAAAAAGAAUGUCUGCCUAGACCUUGAAGUCUUUGAGUUUUAGAGUCUGUUAGUAAAAAUGGCACUUUGAUUCCCAUUUGGGAUGAGCCCUCUCAGGAAUCCUGUGGGGAAGCGGGGUGAUUGUAGGGAAGGAUGCAGGCAUUCGUAGGUCCCCAGCUGUAAUUCCAUCCAUCUACCAAACUGUCACCAUCUUUGCACCAAACUGUCAUCAUCUUUGUAGCAGAAGGUCACUACUCACGUUAUAUAUAAGUAAGAGGGGAAAAAAUAUUUUAAAACUUGGCUGUUGGCUGGGCGUGGUGGCUCACGCCUGUAAUCCCAGCACUUUGGGAGGCCGAGGCGGGUGGAUCAUGAGGUCAGGAGUUUGAGACCAGCCUGACCAACAUGGUGAAACCCCAUGUCUACUGAAAAUACAAAAAUUAGCCGGGCGUAGUGGCACGCGCCUGUAAUCCCAGCUACUCAGGGGGCUAAGGCAGAAGAAUUGUUUGAAUCCGAGAGGCUGAGGUUGCAGUGAGCCGAGAUUGCGCCACAGCACUCCAGCCUGGCGGCAGAGUGAGACUCUAUCUCAAAAAACAAACAAACAGACAAACAAAACCAGGUCAAGAGAUCAGAGAUCGAGGCUGUUAAUGUCUGCCCUCUGAAUUUAGACACACUAUAUUAGACCAGACCACCACGUGUCAUUAUUUGUGUGUGUGUGUGCGUGUGUGUGUUUGCGUGCCCAUGUGUAGGGGAGAGGGCAGGGUUCCUGAGGUAAUGGUUUCCAGACUGUAUCCUAGAUGCCCACAAAGAUGUAAUCUGAAUCUAUUUUUUUCACGUGUUUAAAAAACUCAAAAGUGACUACUCAGAUAAUGUUGGCAACUAGUCACAUUGAAGACUAUCAGAAUAUUACCUUGUGUUUAUAGGUUAACUUGUUUUUGUACACAUCUUGAGUUAGUUAUUUCUGGCACCUCUUUGCUUAAAAUUGAGUUUCUUGUAAAUGAGACUGAUGAGCGAGGUUAGAAGCGGAAGAAAUUCAGUCCUGUGCAUGUCCUAUAAUCUGACGCCCUGAAAGCAAGUUUCCUUUCGUCCUUCACAUGCUCUUGUUCUGCCGUGCUGCUUCAGUUGUCUGGUAGCGAGUAAAUGUGUUAACAUGGUGAACAGUAGUAAUAUUCUAUCAUAGAGUAUUAGCCCUUGCAAGUUUUCAGGGCAUCUUUUCCGACUUCAGUUUUUGUGCUAAAGAAUGUGAACAGUUGUUAGAUGUUCUCAGUGAUUCAACUUUAAAACACAUUUCUCGUGGUGAUUCAUUUCAACAUCCUGAAUGAGUCUGACUGAAAAAUACAAGAGAAAAGAGAGCAGCUACGCAGCUGUGUGCAUCGAGGUUCUCCUGGGGUGUGUGCCAAACCAAACCCAGGGGCGAACUGCACUCUUGAAGAGACCAAAGCCUGCAACUGUCCAACUUCUACUUUCAAAACGGGUCCAUUACGGCUUCAUUGUGUUAACAGGCUGACACCAUGACUAGUAAAUGUAAACGUGUAUGUAUAAAAUAAAGUCUAGCAAAUUGUGUC